AUGUUUUUGUUGGGAGGGGUCUAUCUGUCUGUCUUUAUAUAUAUCAAUACUUUUCUUCACUAAAAUUAACAAUUAUAAACAAAAAAAUAAAAUAUUAAAGCAAACAAAGAAGAAUUAAUCGUAGCUAAAAGAAAGAAAGCUUCCUUAUACUCAACAAUAAAAUCCGUCAUUAAAACACAAUCAGAAGAAUACCAAUAACAAUCUUCAUCAUACGCCGUCGUAGUUGCAGUCGUAGUCACAGUUACAAUAACAGUAGUCUCAGCAACAUCAGCAGCCAUAAUAAAUCAUCAAAAUACGUCGCCACAACAAGCAUCUUCUCCUCAGCAAACUCCUUAGUAGUAGGCAUAACAGCAGAUUCAAUCAGGAAAUCAGUAAUAGUCAAACCCACAAAUACCGUAAUAGUAUUAGCAAUAGAUACAACAAGGUUAGAUUUAGAAAAAUGGAUCUGUAAAUGUAUAUCAUUAGUAGUAGCAGCAGUAGCAGAAGCAGCAGCAGAAUCAGUAACAAAUGAAUUUGCAAAAUACUUAAAAUGGAAUGAUGAAUAACAAUUAAAAUGGAUACUCUCAAGGAAGCCAACAAUUUACUUAAGGCAAUCAUAGUGGAUAAAGUACAAAUAAUUCUAAUCAAAGAUACAGUAAAAGCAAUAAUAACUUUAAGAAUUUAAAUAACAUUUCUAAUUCUCCCAAUACAUCUGAAUAGUAAAAUUAAUAGGUAAUACAAUCAGAUUUGAACUAACCAAUUCAAUAAUAGUAAGCUUAUAGAGAUCAUAGCAAAAAAAAUAAAAAUUUUUCUCAAUAAAAUCGAAAUAAUAACAAAUCAAAUCAGUAAAUUGCAAGUGGCAAUCAAUAAAAUAUGGGAUUCUUUCAAGAAAAUAAUAGUUUUAAUUAAGGGAAUAAUUAAAAUUACAAGAAUAUAAAUAAUGCAAAUAAUACAGGAAUCUCUUCUAAUAAUCACAUUAAUUAAUAGAACUAACCAUCAAACUAGCAACCGAAUCCAAGAAAUAGCUUUUAGAAUAAUUUUUAUUCUUUCUAACAGCAGUAACAACCUGCAAUAAUAUAAAAUAAUAAUAAUAAUUUGUAACCUAUCAAUAAUUUAGAGUAAUAAGUCUAUUAAGCUAAUCCUGUUCCUUAACAGCAUCAAGGCUAUAGGAAAAACAGAAGUGAUUCUUUUCAUUUUUGCAAUAAUAAUAAUAACAAUAAUUAAAAUAAUCUCUAAACAAAUUCUAAGAAAAAGAAAAAAAAAUAGAAAUUAAAUAUGUUGUAAUAGUUACAGCAGCAGCCAGAUAUUUCUAGUCAGAAUUAAUAUAUGCAAGAAUAGUUUUAAUAAAAUUAGCCUACUUUUACAUAAAAUAGUAAGUACCCAAAGUAAAAAGCACAUGAAAAAACUAAAAAAAUUAUAAAAAAGCAAAGAGGAGUAAAAGAAAUAAAUUAUUCAAAGGAAUUUAUCAUAAAAUAAUAUAAGAAAUAUAAAAAAUUGAAAUAAAAAAUGAAUAAAUCAUAAGCUACACCCAAAAUUACAACACAAGCGCUUAUGAAUAAUUAAAUGAAUGAUUUUAAAGAAAUGAGUAAAUCUAUUCAGUAAAUAGAAGAAAAUAGACAAAAAAAGUUAAGCGACUCUAAUUUUGAAGAAAACUGUUCUGUAGAUUUCAAAAAAGCAGAUGAAAAUUAAAAUAAUAAUAAUAAUAAUGAGCUUACUGCUAAUCCUAGCAUCGAUAUUAACGAAGAAACUUUUCCAGCAUAAUCAAAUAAUUUCUCUAUGUUAGAUUCUAUUUUAGAAAACGAUGAGAAAAAAAAGGAAAUUUAUAACAAGAAAGUUGCUUAAUUGCUUGAUGCAAAUGGUUGUAGUGAUACACAGUCUCUUAAGAAGAUAGUUUAGGCAUUAGUCUAAAAGCUCAAUAAAAAGUCUGACAAAAUAAGAAAGCUCAAGAUUGCUUUAUAAAAGAGUAAAGAUAAAAAAAAGAAACUUAAAUUGUAGUUAAAUGGGAAAAUUGAUGAAGAGGAGGAGUAAGAAGAAGAAGAAUUUUCAUUGGAAGAUGCAGAAUUCGAUGAUCAUGAUGACGAUGAAGAUCUUUAUGCUUAAAAUAUGGAAUAAGAAUACACUAUGAGUGAAAAUUAUUACGAUUCAGAUGAUUAAAUUGAUUAAGAAGAAGAUGAAUAUGAAGCUGCUGAUGAAGAUUAAUUUAAUGAAUAUUAAGGAUAAAAUUCCAUGUAAGAAGACGAAUCUGAAAUAAAUAACAAUAAUAAUAAUAAUAAUAAUAAUAAUCCACUUUAAAGUAUUGCAGGUGAAAAUCCUGGUAACACUAAUCUAUUUGAUAUGAAUAGUGAUGAAAAUAAGUUAGUAUAGCCUGUAUAAAUAAUUUAAAAAUAAAACUUUAACACAAACAGACCAAGAGUACUUAGUAGCGAAGACUAAGAUGCUAACAAAAAGAAAAACUAGAAAAAAAAUAUAAAUAAAUAAUUCAAUCCUAUUGUUCGUUUGAUUAAAUAAAUAUCUAUAACAAAAGAAAAAUAGGUUGAAGGAGAUACAAAUUUGGAAUAAAUCACGUUUUAAAAUCUAAGAACCACAAGUGAGCCUGUCUUAAUUAGAUAAAAUGAAGAAUUUUGCUCAAAUACAUCGCUUGACUAAAAAAUAAAAGAAAUGAAUGUCUAAAAUAUUAUUCGUAAAAAUAAAAAUAAUCAUAUUACUGUAUAAAGCAGAAAUGAUAUUUAGCAAGAGUUAAACUAGGAUAAUAAUAAUGAUUAAUAAAGAAAGAAAUCUAAUUCUGUGUGA